CACCAGUAGUGACGCCUUUAGCCUCAAUAAUGUCAAAUGAGCAAACCAUGUCAAGCCUGUCACCCCUGAAUCAGGUAGACCCUUCCAGCGCAGAUGAAUCGCCGUGUAGCGAGGGUUCUAUGGUCGAGGCAUUCCCCUACAGUAGCACCAUCAUGUCAUUGCAUGAGCUCGACGAAAUUCUUAGCACUUGCUGGAGCGAUGACAAUGCUAUUGCCACAGACUCUGACCCAGGCCAGCACUUGCAGACGGAAGACACACCUGCUUUACAUGAACAUGUGGUAGAGCAAAAAAGAAGGAUUCAGUCUCCCGGACGCACUACUUGUAAUCCUAGUGAUGAUGGCCGCGGGAUUUCGGCCCAGAGAAGACGACCCGCAUGCGAGUACCCCGGAUGCGGGAAGACUUAUAGUCGCAAAGAACAUCUCAACCGCCAUAUCAAGAACAAGCAUAUGCAAGACCACCGAAAGUUUAUUUGUGAGUUCUGUGGAAAGGCUGGGUUCUUCAACCGCGCAGACAAUCUGAACGCUCAUCGACGACUCCACACGCGCCCCAACACCCGUAAAUGUCGAGUUACGUUCGAUUCUGAGGCUCAACGCAUUGCACCAAUCAGAAGAUAACGCAGAGGUAUGGUAGACCCGCAACUGCGCAGGACUAUUGAUGUCUGAUGCGUACCGUCAGCAGUCCACUUGCAUGACGGUUCCUGAGUACGUAGCUAGUCGAGCCUGUAUAGCGUCUGCGCGCAAAAGCACCAGCGGCUACUGCCUGCGAUUAUCGACAGCAUGACCCUAUUUGAAUGUUGUGCGUUAGUGUAGGUUAAUGGUCGACUCUGAUCUCGAAUUCUAAGAGCUCUCCUUCGGAAGCCUGUCUGCGCGACUGGUGGCCUUCGCGUUAGCAUUGGCAUUGUGGCAAGGUGAAGCGCGUCAUGGGUCUUCAUUGUAGAUUUAGCUGCGGCCCUGUGGAUCCAGAAAAGUUGGCAUAUACCAUUGUACGUUCGUCAAGCGCAGGGGCACUCAAGACCCUUCCUCACAAACAAUGAAG